CGUGAUGUAUGUCUUAUCCGUUCGGUGAACGACCUUGUAUGCUAGAACGAAUUAUAAAAGUUAUUGAAUGUGAAUGGAAAGCAUUUGUUCAAGAGUAUAUGUACAUUAUAGUUCGAUACGUUGCGCUGGUUAGUUAGUGAGAGUGCUGGAGCAGCCAAUCGAUAGAGGUUGUCCGGAUUUCGUGCGAGGUUAACCUAAAUAUUCCGACAAUGAACGGUAAAACAGAAAAUGGUGUGCAGCAGAGUUUAGCAUUGAUAAGGAACUCUCUGAAAUCGAGUAGGAUGGAGUUGGAAGGCACACAUUUUGACGGAAGCCAUCCGCAUGUAUUUGUGGUAUUUGGAGCAUCUGGUGAUCUAGCGAAGAAGAAAAUAUAUCCGACGCUAUGGUGGCUCUUCAGAGAUAACCUGAUUCCGGAGAAAACUGUAUUCUAUGGUUAUGCCAGAAGUAAAAUGAUGAUUUCCGAGUUAAGAGAGAAAUGUUACCAAUAUAUGAAGGUAAAACCGGAGGAACAAGCGAGGUAUGAACAAUUCUGGAAAGCGAAUUUUUAUAUUUCUGGCAAUUAUGAUUCGCGAAGAGAUUUCGAAUUGCUUAAUCAAGAACUAAGCAAGCAUGAAGCAGGUCCUUACGGUAACAGAUUAUUCUAUCUUGCCCUGCCGCCAUCAGUUUUCGAAGAAGUUACAGUACAUAUACGAAAUACCUGUAUGGGAGAAAAAGGCUGGAAUAGAAUUAUCAUAGAGAAGCCAUUUGGAAGAGAUGCAGAGAGUUCCAAAAAACUGUGUGAACAUUUAAGAAGUUUGUUCAACGAAGAACAAUUAUACCGUAUAGAUCACUACUUAGGAAAAGAAAUGGUACAAAAUCUGAUGGCCUUGAGGUUCAGCAACCGCAUCUUUAGUCCGACUUGGAAUAGAGAUAAUGUGGCAUCAGUAUUAAUCACAUUUAAGGAACCAUUUGGCACUCAAGGUAGAGGUGGUUAUUUUGAUAAUUUUGGCAUUAUUCGUGAUGUUAUGCAAAAUCAUUUGUUACAAAUUUUAUCUCUUAUGGCUAUGGAAAAACCUGCUUCGGUACACCCAGAUGAUAUUAGAAAUGAAAAAGUGAAAGUGCUUCGAUGUAUAGAUGCGAUAGACUUGAAAGAUGUAGUAUUGGGACAGUACAUUGGAGACGAAAAUGGAGAAGGAGACGCGAAAUUAGGAUACUUGGAUGACCCAACGGUUCCCAAAAACUCAAACACUCCUACUUACGCCUUGGCUGUAAUGUACAUAAAAAAUGAAAGAUGGGAUGGUGUACCAUUUAUAUUGAAAUGCGGAAAAGCGCUUAAUGAACGUAAAGCCGAAGUGCGAAUUCAAUACCAAGAUGUUCCUGGUGACAUUUUUAAUGGCAAACCAAAAAGAAAUGAACUGGUGAUAAGAGUUCAACCUGGCGAAGCUGUAUAUUUGAAGAUGAUGACUAAGACACCAGGAAUAACAUUUGACAUGGAAGAAACAGAAAUGGAUUUGACUUAUGGCAACAGAUACAAAGAAGUAAAGCUGCCUGAUGCUUAUGAGCGGCUCAUAUUAGAUGUUUUUAUAGGAUCUCAAAUGCACUUUGUGAGGUCUGAUGAACUUACAGAAGCUUGGAGAAUAUUCACACCAAUCUUGCACAAAAUCGAAAAUGAGAAGGUAAGACCCAUACCUUACAAAUAUGGAUCUAGAGGUCCCAAAGAAGCUGAUGAGAAAAGCAAAUCAUGCAACUUUAAGUACUAUGGUUCAUAUAAGUGGAAACAACAAAACUGACUUUUUCUUAGAAAUUUUUAAAAAAUUAUUAGUUGUAUUUGGUUGUGGUGUUACCAUUUAUUUA